CGAUAGCUUUGAGGAAGAUAUUCCUUGUAGGUUUGGGAUUUUUCUAGAAUCCAGGAUGGCGGUCCAGCAGAGGCUUGGUGAGGGAAGGGAAUUUGUCUCAAGAUUCUGCCCUUUGGGAGAACAAAAACGAGAGCCUCUGGAGAGCGGUGCUCCGGGUGUCCACAAGGGGGCAGCAGAGGCAGCGCCCCAAGUCCGCAGGACCCGUAACUUUUCUUCCUCUCUGUUGGCAGUGGACAGUGGAGCUCAAGUGGUUUUCUGUGACAAGGACGAGGCGGGGGGCCGGGCUCUGGAGCAGGAACUCCCUGGCACUGUCUUCGUCCGUUGUGACGUGACUCAGGAAGGAGAUUUGCAGACUCUGAUUUCCGAGACCCUCUCUCGGUUUGGCCACCUGGAUUGUGUGGUGAACAAUGCCGGCUACCACCCACCCGCGCAGUGGCCUGAGGAGACUUCUGCCCAGGACUUUCGCCAGCUGCUGGAGCUGAACCUACUGGGGACAUACACCCUGACCAAGCUUGCCCUCCCCCACCUGCGAAAGCACAGAGGCAACAUCAUCAACAUCUCCAGCCUGGUUGGGACCAUCGGCCAGUCCCAGGCAGUUACCUACGUGGCCACCAAGGGGGCAGUGACAGCCAUGACAAAAGCUCUGGCCUUGGAUGAGAGCCGAUAUGGUGUCCGUGUCAACUGCAUCUCCCCAGGGAACAUCUGGACUCCACUGUGGGAAGAGCUGGCAGCCUCAACCUCAGACCCCAGUGCCACCAUCCUAGAAGGCACCUUGGCCCAGCCCUUGGGCCGCAUGGGCCAGCCAGCUGAGGUGGGAGCUGCAGCGGUGUUCCUGGCCUCUGGAGCCACCUUCUGUACAGGGCUUGAACUUCUUGUGACAGGGGGUGCAGAACUGGGGUAUGGGCGCAAGUCUACUAGGAGCAGCCUCGUGGAAACCCCUAUUCUCCCACCCUAACUCCUACUAAGUUAUGUCCUACCCAUCCCUCUUUCCCUUUCCUGUCUUUUUUGUGUGGUACUGGAGAUUAAACCUAGGACACUUUUUUGUGCUAGGCAGGGCUCCACCACUGAAUCACACCCGGGUGCCUCACUGGGGGUUCUAGGCAGGGCUCCACCACUGAAUCACACCCAGGUGCCUCACUGGGGGACUCUAGGCAGGGCUCCACCACUGAAUCACACCUGGGUGCCUUACUGGGGGACUCUAGGCAGCGCUCCACCACUGAAUCACACCCGGGUGCCUUACUGGGGGUUCUAGGCAGGGCUCCACCACUGAAUCACACCUGGGUGCCUCACUGGGGGACUCUAGGCAGGGCUCCACCACUGAAUCACACCUGGGUGCCUUACUGGGGGACUCUAGGCAGCGCUCCACCACUGAAUCACACCCGGGUACCUCACUGGGGGACUCUAAGCAGGGCUCCACUACUGACUGUCAGUUCACAACGAAACUUAGGACAAACGGCUACCCUGAUGCCUAUGUGCCCAUAGCAAAGUCCAGGCUGGCAGCCAGGUUCACACAAAGCCUGUGGCUUCUCUGUGCUUUCUCAUCCUUGUCUCCUACUCUAAACCUCUCCAGCCCUGGAACUUAACUCGCCUUCCCGCAGCUUCUGAUUCCCACACAAACCUGCCAUUUCAGCCGCGUGCCCCCAUCCCCACCCCCGACCCAUGGCCCAGUUCAGUCUGGACUCUUCCACAUAUAAUAAAACCUUCUCCUCAGCCA